UCUCACGGUGACUUACGACCAAUACGUCACUGAAGCUCAGUCCCCUCGCGUUUCUCGAUCUGAGCUGGCGCCGCACCAAAAUCCGAAGAAGGCAGCGGAGGGAGGCUGACCGGCGGCGGAAGCGGAAGAGGCUAGCAGGCGGCCGAGGGAGGCGAGCAGCAGGCGGCGGCUGCAGGAACUGAAGCAGAGGAGCAGCAGUGGCAUGGAAGAGGAGCGGCGGCAGUAGCGGCACCGUGCACGGAAGGGAAGAAGAAGCAGGGAAGAGGAGCUGCAAAAUUCAAGGUAUCAGUUUAUUUGCAUCCACCCCCAUCCGUCAGAUAAAUCAUUGCAGAUAUGUCGUCAUUCUUCUUCCGUCGGAAGAUUUGCAGUAGGCGGCGGCGCCGCUGCCCGAGUGUUUUCAAGAGGAAGCAGAAGGCCAAGGUCCAGAUUGACCACCUACCUCAGGAAUUAGUGGCGAUGGUGGUCUCAUUUUUGCCAAUGAAGGAUGCCGCAAGAACUAGUGUACUGUCGAGUAAAUGGAGACAAGGAUGGGCAAGCUACCCCAGGUUAACACUAAACUCCGAAACAAUGCUUGGCAUCACUGGGAAGGUUAACUAUGUUAGCGAGGAGGAACAAAACAAAUACAAGAUGAAAUUUAUCGAGAAUGUUCAUGUUGUCAUGCGACAACACCAGGGUUUUGGAGUGGAUGAGUUUCUGUUGGAGUUCGGACUCAGUGACAGGGAUGCACAUCAUAUUGAUAACUGGGUUACCCUUGCUGCCUCCAUGAGAAUGAAACGGCUUGUCAUCAAUUUGAGUGGGCCGUCACUGGAAUGCAAGAUUGUCCCAGAGAAAUAUGCCUUGCCUUUGCAGCUCCUAGAUGACAUCGGCACAAUAAAGCGUCUCCGCAAUCUUCAACUAAGUAAUCUCUCUUUGAAGCCGAUGGGUGAUUUCAGAGGGUUUGUGAACCUUACAAUGCUUGAGCUGCAACUUGUGGAUGUUACGGAGGUUGAUCUCGAAUCAUUGCUUUGCAAAUGCCCUGCUCUUGAGCGAUUAGCACUUAACACAUGCGGACCUUUCAUGUCCUUGCGGAUUGGCCAUGAACUAAGCAGGCUAGAGCAUUUGUGUCUUGGCGAUGGUACCCUGGUGGAGAAAUUACAGAUUGAGGCCAUGAACCUGAGGACAAUUUCGCACAGUUACAAUGUCGGAGAAAUAGUCAUUAGAAAAGAUUCUCAAAUCAGCGAGGUCACAGCUGACAUGUAUAUCCCACCAAGGACCCAAGUAGGCAAUGGUUAUAAAGACACACUGCAAUACAUGUUCACCGGCCUUCCCAGUACCUUGCCCUGUGUACAGAAGGUCUCCUUGAAUAUCUGGGAGGACAUACAGACAUUGGAGGUACCAAAUUGUGCGAGCAGAUUCAUGCACCUGAGGCAUCUGACCUUGAGCAUGUACCUCGAUUUCCAUUGGAAAUUUGAUAUCCUCCGUCUUAUUCAUUUGCUACAAGCUGCACCAUUUCUCGAACAUUUUGAGCUAAAUAUCGAUCAACUUUUGUUGCCUCUGUAUGACGAAGAUUUGAUACCAUCCUUUCCUAGAUGGCCACAUGAUCACCUCAAGACUGCUUCAUUCCAAGGGUUUGUAGCCAACAAGGACUUGAUCGCGCUGGCCACAUAUAUUCUGAAGAAUGCUGAAUCACUCCAGCUCAUGAGCGUACAAACAACACAUGAAUGCCACUGGAUGGUCACAGAAGAGCUUCUUCGCAGAGAGGACCUGCGCAAUGUGCUGAAUUAUACACUAUAUAAUUUUCAUUCAGUUUAGCGAUUCCAUAGUAGUUUGGGUACUGUAGAUGCCUUAAUUUCCUCUCCAGCGCUCCAGUCAUUAGGCAACGCGUGCCCCUUUUUUGAGGGGCCAGAUAGAUUAGUUUCUGUUAGGUAUUUUUUUUCACCUCCACAUUUCCCGGUUACCGGUUGCCCCUGGUUUACCUGCACUCUAUUCUUGCUUUAGGUUGCCGGUCACCCUCGAUUGCACAUAAGUAUUUGUGUCAUCGACCCCACUUUACACCACUUUCGGUUGCAUCCAGAAAAAUCGUGUCCUCUUGAGUCUCCAUCUUGGCUGCCCUCAUCUCUUUUCCCCACGUCCUCCUCCUCUCCGCCAAUUCACCCCCACAACAAGGUGAGUUGGAUCCUUCCUCAAGAUGUGGCCCUGGCAUCCUGCCCUUCACCAUGCCCCAACGUGCCGGUGAGGCGGUGAGCUACUUCUUCCCGCCAUCCCCUUCAAUGGUUUCAUCGCUGUAUAGUCUGGGUCUCAACGAUAAGGCCAGCAGACGAGGCCUGGAUCGACGCCGACAAGCCCCUCCCGGCAAGCCUCUUCAGCGCCAAGAAGGAGCGCAGGAAGGCCAGCGUCGGCACUGGUAAGAUCUCCGCCCUUUGUUUCUCUCCGGUUUAGUUGUUGAUGUCUGGCGUAGAUGCGCUUCCGCCCUCCUGCUUACACCACUAGAGAGCACGCGUGCCACGUAAGUCCCACGCGCGGUCACUCCACCUGGUCCAUCAUCAUCGACCGAUACUUUUCAUCCUUUUGCAUCGCUGUCCUUUUGUUGUCCCCUUAUGAAGUGCAGAUAUUUCUUGACACUGGCACACUGCAAUCGACUUAGGGAAGUGAUACAAUUCAAUCUAGCCUCUCACCAAUCCUUUUUUUUCGACCUAAUAACUCUGACAAUUUAAUGUCCAAACCACGCUGCGUUGAAUUGUAACCAACCUCAUGAUUGUUGAUGCAGGAGAGGAGAUGGUGUACUGAGUAACUGAGGUGAUUCUUGAAGUAGAUCAGUCUGCCGCUGUCACUAGGAGGCUGGAACCUGGAAGCGGGUGGUUCAGAACCUAUUCUCCACCUGUCAUUUUCAUCGCAGAACCACCUAAUCGGUUUAGUCUGACCACUAUUGUUUAAUAUAAUCAAGGAAAGAAACGAUUUUAUACAUGUCACAUGUGUUCAUCGAUUAUCUGUUGUAACCUGUAGAGAGGGGAGGCAAGCCAGUUGGGGUUAUGUUCUCCUGUCUUCUUGCUACUAUGUUUCUGAGCCGUUGGGAAGACUACCAUGGCUGCUCCCAUGUUGCCAGGCCCAAUAUACAUGGACCCUGCAAGAAGCAGCAGCUUCACUUCAGCGAUGAAGGAAUUGGCCAUCUGCUGAACUAAUCCCUUCCAGGGCAACAACAUCGCUUGCAACAUGCUACUUUCCUAUACGCAGUUGCAAAAUCCAAACUUCCAACAUCUAGAUAUGUUUGAGGUCUUAUUGUGUAUGGGGCCAACCUAUGGAAUGUCAAAGUGCUCUCAACUUUCAGUUUAGAUACUUGCACUGGUGUAAUGUUUGCUUCCAGCAUAUACACAACUUUCCGUGUUUUUUGAUGGAAAGGUUUAUCUUGAUGUAUGUGUAUUACCUAUACAAUUUGCUGUUAAUCAAAUCAAGCUAGCACCUAGCUUUCAUGUAUCCUGCAGUUUGUUAUAUACCGUCUUAAGUCACUGUAUUAUCUGUAGAAAAUUGAUUGUUAACAAACUGCAGCUGAUAUCAGUGUAUUCCUUGUUUUUCCACUGAUAACGUCCUUUUGAAUAACAUUGAGAUGCAGCGCCUUGUGGUGUUCAGCACCCACGGAUGGGUGAUGAGGAGCUUGCUUCCAUCAGGUCUACCUAGGACGGAUAAAAAUGUUGUUUUGGUACUUUCUUUCUUGCAUCUCGCACUCCAUGACAGUGAUCUUUUUUAAAUCUGUGUAGAAUGUAAACACAACAAGCUCAAAAGUGAGUUUUCAGCAGGCUACUGUUGCAUGAUUAGAACAAGGCUCUGCCAUGUUAAAUCUAAAUAUCAUGGGUUUCUUACCUGCAUAUUUAAUAACAGAGUUGGCAAUGGAAGUCGAGGUGAUUAAUUAUAUGUUUGGAAAAAGGCCACAGCUUGGUAAGUUGGUCAUAUCAUCUUCAACUCGGGGAGUGCCUGUACUUUCUGAAGGAAUAUAAUGUAGUCCAACUAUGGUAGAUGUGAGAACAAAACUGUAACCUAUAAGUUCAGAACUACCUAACCUAAUAAUGUUACUGAACAGGAGUCCCAGAGAUAUAAACUUUAAGAGUUUCCUGAUUGAAGUUGCAUUGAUUAUUGCCAGAAAUUCAAGCUAUGCAAUCUACUUUUAGUAUGCACGUGUCUUAUUGAGGCAAACAGCGAAGAGAUUAAACAUAGGCUGUAUUUUUUUGGAAUUUUAUCUGUCAUGUGCUCUCAGAAUUUUCACAUAAAAGCUUGAAGAAAAACUCUGAUUGAAUGCUCCCCACUGGAAACUCGGUUGUUAAUUUUGUAGAAGUACAUUCAGACCAUAGGAGUUUCAGACUUACUGAUGUCCUGAUUAAACAUACAAUAUUGGGAUGAGGUUUCACCAUUCAGAAUCAGGAAAUUUCUACCAUCAGCUUCUUAGGUUUUCGUUGUUACUUGUGCUGGUCCAAGUAACGCUUCAACUGAAGCUUUUCAGCAGUUAUAUUACUUUUCAUUGCAUAUAAUUUUCUAGCAAGUUAAAGUUUUAUAAUGAAUAAAUUCAUAUUAAUCUAUCUCAUUUGUUCCUUCUGCACAUUUCUACAGUUGUGGCGGUCUUGCAUCAGUCGCCGUGACUAAGGCUAGAAAGCCAGUGAUACUUGGAAGUAUUCAAAUGAUAAUGUCGACCGAUUGACCACAUGUUGAGAUAUUGGUUCUACCAUUCAGGUUUUCAACCUUCAACAUAUAGCACAUGUGUUGUGUUGCUGUCCCAUGUCCCGAGAUGGACCAGCGAAAUAAUCUCCAUGUUUGUAUUACUAACGCAUGAGCACCUCCGAUGUGUUGUCCUUAGGACAAUCUGGCAUGUGAGAUCGAAAGCAAGCUACAAUGCAAUUUGUGCAGGGGUUCAUGAACUCAGGAUCAUAAGUAAUCAUAAGAGGAGUCAUGGGGUAUGAUGAGCUACACGUGUACGUCAUAUAUAAGAUAGAUUCAGCUAAUAUAAUGCAACUGUGGGGAAGAACUAACGAUCGGUAGCGAGUCUGCUCUGACACUUUGAUUUGGAACAACCAAGACUUAAUUUGUAACUGAUUUAUAUAUUUCUUUCUUUAAAAACUGAUUUUUCUAUUUCUGCAAAA